CUUUUCAGUUGUGUAUAUCUGUUAUGAUUACGAAUGGUGUUGAAACGAGUUUGUUUCCCUAUUUGUUUGAGUAAUGUCUUAAUUUAUUAUUAUCUGUUUCUGAAGUUACAAUUUGCUUAAAAAGCCGAGAUGGCGGAUGCUGCAGCAAGACAGCUUCAGUAUGAAUACAAAGCUAAUUCUAACCUCGUGCUCCAAGCGGAUGUUCGUCUUAUUGAGAGACGAAGCCGAGAUGAAGCCACUGGAGAAGUUAUGUCCCUUGUGGGAAAACUAGAAGGCACCAGGAUGGGUGACAGACACCAAAGAACACGCCCGGUUAAAGCAGCUGAGAGGAAGGCAAAACGUCAGAAGAGGGACGAAGCGCAGUAUGACUUUGCCCGGAUGAAGGGCGCGACUCUGUUGUCGGAAGGCGUGGACGAGAUGGUGGGCAUCCUGUACCGACCGAAGACCCAGGAAACUCGCCAGACGUACGAAGUGCUCUUGAGCUUCAUACAAGAAGCGUUGGGGGAUCAGCCCCGGGACAUCCUGUGCGGGGCAGCUGACGAGGUUCUGGCGGUGCUGAAGAACGACCGCCUGAAGGAGAGGGAAAAGAAGAAAGAGACGGAAUCCUUGCUCGGUCCACUGGCGGAGGAGCGGUUCGCUCUCCUCGUCAACCUGGGGAAGAAAAUAACCGAUUUCGGCACGGAGGAGAAAGUGCAAACCACAGACGAAAACAUCGAUGAGACGUACGGCAUCAACGUCCAGUUCGAGGAGUCCGAAGAGGAAGAUGACGAGGACAUGUACGGGGAAGUGAGGGAGGAGGAAGAUGACGACGAAGGGGAAGAGGCAAGGCUGGACGGGGCCAUCCACGCUGAGAAUCUCGGCGGGGCGGAGGAGAUGAAGAAGGAGAAGACGCUGCACCCUCUGGACAUCGACGCGUACUGGCUGCAGCGCCGGCUGUCCAAGUUCUACGACGACGCCAUGGUGUCGCAGGCGAAGGCCGCGGAGGUUCUGUCCGUGCUGCGCGACGCGGGAGACGACCGCGACUGCGAGAACCAGCUGGUGCUGCUGCUGGGCUACGACUGCUUCGACUUCAUCAAGCUGCUGAAGAAGCACCGUCAGAUGAUCCUGUACUGCACGCUGCUGGCGUCGUCGCAGAGCGACGCGGACCGCCAGAAGGUGCGGGACCGCAUGAACGAGGACGCGGGGCUGGCCCGGAUCCUGCGGCAGCUGGACACGGGCAAGGGCGAGGAGGACGGGGGAGGGGAGGAGGGCGCCCGGGAGCGCGCGGCGCACCACAAGAAGCACGCGGAGGAGGGCGGGGACGGCGCGGGGGGCCAGGUCCCGGGCUCGCGCACGCUGCUGGACCUGGAGGACCUGGCCUUCACCCAGGGCUCGCACCUCAUGGCCAACAAGCGCUGCCAGCUGCCGGACGGCUCCUUCCGCAAGCAGAGGAAAGGCUACGAGGAAGUGCACGUUCCGGCCUUGAAGCCGAAGCCGUUCGACCCGGACGAGACCUUCUACGCCGUAGACAAGCUGCCCAAGUACGUGCAGCCGGCGUUCGAAGACGUCAAGUCCCUGAACCGCAUCCAGAGCCGGCUCUACAAAGUGGCCCUGGACAGCGACGAGAACAUCCUGCUGUGCGCGCCGACUGGCGCCGGCAAGACGAACGUCGCGCUCCUCUGCAUGCUGCGGGAGAUUGGCAAGCACAUCAACGCGGACGGCACGAUAAACACGGACGAGUUCAAGAUAAUCUACGUCGCCCCGAUGAGGUCUCUGGUGCAGGAAAUGGUCGGAAACUUUGGGAAGCGGCUGGCGACGUACAACCUGACGGUGUCGGAGCUGACGGGCGACCACCAGCUGACCCGGGAGCAGAUCCAGGCCACGCAGGUGAUCGUGUGCACGCCCGAGAAGUGGGACAUCAUCACGCGCAAGGGCGGCGAGAAGACCUUCGCCCAGCUCGUGCGGCUCAUCAUCGUGGACGAGAUCCAUCUGCUGCACGACGAGCGGGGCCCCGUGCUGGAGGCCCUGGUGGCACGCACCAUCCGCAACAUCGAGACCACGCAGGAGGACGUGCGGCUGGUGGGGCUGAGCGCCACGCUGCCCAACUACCAGGACAUCGCCACCUUCCUACGGGUCCGCCCCGAGACGGGCCUCUACUACUUCGACAACAGCUUCCGGCCGGUGGCGCUGGAGCAGCAGUACAUCGGCGUGACGGAGAAGAAGGCCAUGAAGCGCUUCCAGGUCAUGAACGAGAUAGUCUACGAGAAGGUGAUGGAGCACGCCGGCCGCAACCAGGUGCUGGUGUUUGUGCACUCGCGCAAGGAGACGGGAAAGACGGCGCGCGCGGUCCGUGACAUGUGCCUGGAGAAGGACACCCUGGGACAGUUCCUGAGGGAGGGGUCGGCGUCCAUGGAGGUGCUGCGCACUGAGGCCGAACAAGUCAAGAACCACGAGCUGAAAGACUUGCUGCCGUACGGGUUCGCCAUUCAUCACGCUGGGAUGACUCGCGUUGACAGAACCCUGGUUGAAGAUUUGUUCGCCGAUAGACACAUUCAGGUGCUGGUGUCGACAGCCACGCUGGCCUGGGGCGUCAACCUGCCGGCCCACACGGUCAUCAUCAAGGGCACCCAGGUGUACAACCCCGAGAAGGGUCGCUGGGUGGAGCUGGGAGCACUCGACGUGCUGCAGAUGCUGGGGCGGGCCGGCCGGCCGCAGUACGACACGAAGGGCGAGGGCAUCCUCAUCACGAACCACAGCGAGCUGCAGUACUACCUGUCGCUGCUGAACCAGCAGCUGCCCAUCGAGUCGCAGCUGGUGGGCAAGCUGGGCGACGCGCUCAACGCCGAGGUGGUGCUGGGCUCGGUGCAGAACCUGCGCGACGCCGUCACCUGGCUCGGCUACUCCUACCUCUACAUCAGGAUGCUGCGCGCGCCGACACUGUACGGGGUCUCCCACGACCGGGUGAAGGAGGACCCCUUGCUGGAGCAGCACCGCGCCGACCUCAUCCACACCGCGGCCCUGCACCUAGAGCGCAGCGGCCUCAUCAAGUACGACCGCAAGACGGGCCACUUCCAGAGCACGGAGCUGGGCCGCAUCGCCAGCCACUACUACUGCACCCACGAGACCAUGGCCACAUACAACCAGCUGCUGAAGAGGACGCUCAGCGAGAUAGAGCUGUUCAGGGUUUUCUCCCUCUCUGGUGAGUUUCGCAACAUCACUGUCCGUGAAGAGGAGAAAGUGGAGCUGCAGAAACUGAUGGAGAGGGUUCCGAUUCCUAUAAAGGAGAGCAUCGAGGAGCCGAGCGCGAAGGUGAAUGUGCUGCUCCAGGCCUACAUCUCGCAGCUCAAGCUGGAGGGCUUUGCGCUCAUGUCCGACAUGGUGUUCGUCACGCAGUCCGCCUCGCGCCUCAUGAGGGCCAUCUUCGAGAUAGUGCUGUACCGGGGCUGGGCGCAGCUGGCCGAUAAGGCCCUGUCGCUGUGCAAGAUGGUGGACCGCCGGAUGUGGCAGUCCAUGUCCCCCUUGCGGCAGUUCAGGAAGAUGCCCGAGGAGAUCGUCAAGAAGAUCGAAAAGAAGAACUUCCCGUGGGAGAGGUUGUACGACCUGGGACCCAACGAGAUAGGGGAGUUGAUUCGCGUCCCGAAGCUCGGGAAGACCAUCCACAAGUACGUGCACCAGUUCCCGAAGCUGGAGCUGUCGACCCACAUCCAGCCCAUCACCCGGUCGACCCUGCGCGUCGAGCUCACCAUCACCCCGGACUUCCAGUGGGACGAGAAGGUGCACGGGGCGUCGGAGGCGUUCUGGAUCCUCGUGGAGGACGUGGACUCGGAGGUGAUCCUGCACCACGAGUACUUCCUGCUGAAGGCCAAGUUCGCGGCCGACGAGCACCACGUCAAGUUCUUCGUGCCCGUGUUCGAGCCGCUGCCGCCCCAGUACUUCCUCCGGAUCGUGUCGGACCGGUGGAUCGGCGCGGAGACCCAGCUGCCCGUGUCCUUCCGGCACCUGAUCCUUCCCGAGAAGAACCUCCCGCCGACGGAGCUGCUGGACCUGCAGCCCCUGCCCAUCACGGCGCUGCGCAACGCGGAGUUCGAGGCGCUGUACGCCGGCCGCUUCCCGCAGUUCAACCCCAUCCAGACGCAGGUGUUCAACGCCCUGUACAACAGCGACGACAACGUGUUCGUGGGGGCGCCGACGGGCUCGGGGAAGACCACGGUCGCGGAGUUCGCGGUGCUGCGCAUGUUCUCGCAGGGCGCGGAGGGGCGCUGCGUGUACCUGGUGCCGCGGGACGCGCUCGCGGAGCUGGUGUUCGCAGACUGGCAGCACAAGUUCGGCCGGCUGCUGGGCAAGAAGGUGGUGCUGCUCACGGGCGAGACCGGCACGGACCUCAAGCUGCUGGCCAAGGGACAGGUGGUGGUCUGCACCGCCGAGAAGUGGGACGUGCUGUCGCGGCGCUGGAAGCAGAGGAAGAACGUGCAGAACGUGCAGCUGUUCAUAGUCGACGAGCUGCAGCUCAUCGGCGGGGAGGAUGGCCCGGUCCUGGAAGUGGUCUGCUCCCGCAUGAGAUACAUUUCAUCACAGAUUGAGAAGCAGAUCAGGAUCGUGGCCCUGUCUGCGUCGCUGGCGGACGCGCGCGACGUGGCGCAGUGGCUGGGCUGCAACGCCAACGCGACGUUCAACUUCCACCCCAGCGUGCGUCCCAUCCCGCUGGAGCUCCACGUGCAGGGGUUCAACAUCACACACAACGGGUCCCGGCUGAUCGCCAUGGCCAAGCCCGUCUACAACGCCAUCCUGAAGCACAGCCCGCACAAGCCCGUGAUCGUGUUCGUGCCGACGCGCAAGCAGGCCCGCCUCACGGCCAUCGACCUGCUGACCUUCACCGCGGCCGAGGGCCAGCCCAACAGGUUCUUCCACGCGGAGGAGAAGGACAUCAAGCCCUUCCUGGACCGCAUGUCCGACAAGACGCUGAAGGAGACCCUGUCCCAGGGCGUGGCCUACAUCCACGAGGGCCUGACGGUGAGCGACCACCAGCUGGUGGAGCAGCUGUUCGACUCGGGCGCCAUCCAGGUGGCGGUGGUCACGCGCAACCUGUGCUGGGGCGUGGGCAUCGCGGCGCACCUGGUGGUGAUCAUGGACACCCAGUACUACAACGGGAAGAUCCACGCGUACGAGGACCACCCCAUCACGGACGUGCUGCAGAUGGUGGGGCGCGCCAACCGGCCCCUGGAGGACGACGACGCCAAGUGCGUGCUGAUGUGCCAGAGCGCCAAGAAGGACUUCUUCAAGAAGUUCCUGAACGAGUCGCUGCCCGUGGAGAGCCACCUGGACCACCGGCUGCACGACCACUUCAACGCGGAGAUCGUCACCAAGACGAUCGAGAACAAGCAGGACGCGGUGGACUACCUGACCUGGACGUUCCUGUAUCGCCGCCUCACGCAGAACCCCAACUACUACAACCUGCACGGCGUGACGCACCGCCACCUGUCGGACCACCUGUCCGAGCUGGUGGAGAGCACGCUCGGCGACCUGGAGCAGUCCAAGUGCAUCAGCGUGGAGGACGAGAUGGACACGGUGCCCUUGAACCUGGGCAUGAUCGCCGCCUACUACUACAUCAACUACUCCACCAUCGAGCUGUUCAGCCUGUCGCUGAACAGCAAGACCAAGAUCCGCGGGCUGCUGGAGAUCAUCUCGUCGGCGGCGGAGUACGAGGACGUGCCGGUGCGGCACCGCGAGGACGGCCUGCUGCGCGGCCUGGCCCAGCGGCUGCCCAACAAGCUGCCGCCCAACGCCAGGUUCAACGACCCGCACGUGAAGACCAACCUGCUGCUGCAGGCGCACCUGUCGCGGCUGCAGCUGGGGGCGGAGCUGCAGGGCGACACGGAGGCCGUCCUCGGCAGGGCCGUGCGCCUGAUCCAGGCGUGCGUGGACGUGCUCAGCUCCAACGGCUGGCUGUCGCCCGCGGUGGCGGCCAUGGAGCUGGCCCAGAUGGUCACGCAGGCCAUGUGGAGCAAGGACUCCUACCUCAGGCAGCUGCCGCACUUCACCCCGGACGUCAUCAAGAGCUGCACGGAGAAGGGCGUGGAGACGGUGUUCGACAUCAUGGAGCUGGAGGACGAGGACCGCUCCAAGCUGCUGCAGCUGACGGACGCCCAGAUGGCGGACGUGGCGCGCUUCUGCAACCGCUACCCCAACAUCGAGAUGAGCUACGAGGUGCAGGACAAGGAGCGUCUGCGCACGGGCUCGUCCGUCAACGUGGCGGUGCAGCUGGAGCGCGAGGACGAGGUCACCGGCCCCGUCAUCGCCCCCUUCUUCCCGCAGAAACGUGAGGAAGGCUGGUGGGUGGUGAUUGGAGACCCGAAGAGCAAUUCUCUCCUCUCCAUCAAGAGGCUUACUUUGCAACAAAAGGCAAAGGUCAAGUUAGAUUUUGUGGCUCCUAGUCCUGGCCACCACACCUACACCUUGUACUUCAUGAGCGAUGCCUACCUGGGCUGCGACCAAGAGUACAAGUUCUCCAUCAACGUCGGGGACUUUGAGUCCAGCGGGAGCGAGAGUGGAAGUGACUGAACUUGUUCAAAGAGUGUCUGCAUUUCGUGGAGAGGAUAAAAAAAAUAUAUAAUGUUCUGUUUCAUGUAAAAUGUGUUGCUUAACAUGUCAUAGCCUUCAAAUUAUAGUCAGCAGUGAUACGUACAGUUUUAUGAGUUAGACAAUGUAAAUGUGGCUUAUUGUAGUAGUUGUAUUUUUGUGUAUUAAUUUCUCUGUACAUAAUUGAUUUUUAUUACUAUUUAAAGUAAGACAGUGACUUUGAUAAAUGGCACUUUUUAUUUGAUGAAUCAUGCACCAAGCAAGCAUGUAAGGCUAAAGAUAAUAUUUUGAUAUUGCACGACCAUGCAUAGACACUUUUGAUUGGGAGAUCCCUGAAAUUACAAAAUAUAGUCAGCUUCAAAUCACUUGUGUAGCAACAAGAUGCUCAUAAAUAGAUUAUACUUUUAAGUGCUGACAUCUUAUAAAGUUACAAGUCUUAAAAUCAUGCAAUUUGUUCUUAAAUAAAAUAGUGAAAAUUGA